AUGUCCCAACGAGCAACCUAUCCUCACGGUUCCCCUUCGUUACCGGCUGUCCGCGGCCUCGAACCCAUCCCCGACGCCGAUCUGCAGGCUGAUGGCUCGCUCAGUCGACCUGUGCCUAGGAGGCGGCCGUCUCAGCAGGAGAAUGGUCAGCCGAUCGCCCCUCGUACCCUCGUGGGGCAACGGCGGGCAUCCGAGAAGGGCCUGGCUGGGCAGAACUCUGCUUCGAAGGGCACGGAGGCGGCGGGUCGAACAACACCAUCACUCUCACACCCUUGGCGCCUUACUGCCAUCCUCGGCAGAAGACGCCGAUGGCAGCGAUACCUCCUCUUCCUCUUUGGCCUCAUCGCCGUCUACCUUCUCAUUCGCCCUCGACAAUCAAAAACCGCUACCCCCGGCGACUCUCGCCCCUCAGGCCAAAGCAGGCGGAAGACUCGACCACUACACGUCCGCACGUCCUCACCGUCUCGUGCGCCAGUACCUGCCAGCGUGGUGCUGCAGUCCCGCUCGGAGCAUGAGGUCAAGGAUGGGCUGCUCGAGGUGGAUAUGACAAGCAAGGUGCACCCGCUGUAUCAGCUCAUCCGGGAUGCGAGGGAAGACUGGGAUGAGAAGGUGGCGAGGCAGAGCACGACCCUGAAGGGUGCGGUGGCCGAGUACAAGAAGCGUAAUCAGGGGAGAUCGCCGCCAAAGGGGUUCGAUAAGUGGUGGGCAUACGUCGUUGAGAACAACGUCCCCCUUCCUGACGAGUACGACCAGGUCAACCGCGAUCUGCGCCCCUUCCGCGCCCUCUCCCCACGCCAGCUUCAAAAGCGCAUCGAGACCACCUCUCGACUGCCGGACACUUACACCAUCCGCGUCAAGUCCGGCUCCAUCCGCACUUCGGUCACCUUCAACAACGAUGUUGAAAUCCAAGGCGCGCGGAUGCGGGUGGACGGCCAGGUCGAGCUGCUCCGUAGUAUCGCAAAGGACAUCCCGGACUUUACGGCGGUAUACACGGUGCAUGAUACCGCUGCAGGGAGUAUCAGCUGGGAACAUCGCGCCGAGCUGGAAGACCAUGUUCAGGAUGGAGAAUACCUUGACGACGGUGAAGAGCUCGACAUUACGCAUCGAGGAUGGGCGUUCGCCUGCCCGUCCCACUCGAAAAUCAGGCGCUACGAUUCCGGGCUUUACGAUACGCCUCCUCCUUCACACAGCUUCAUCUCGGACCAUCGCGCCGCUAUGGACCUCUGCGCUCAUCCCGACCAGAUCCCCCAGCACGGUCUACUGGCCGGAAAGAACCCUCAUCACCUCGACCUCACCCCUCUCUUCUGUCUGUCCAAGACCAACCUCCACUCGGACAUUCUCGGCGUCCCGACCGAACAGUGGUCAGGCGACGUCCCGUACAUCCCUUGGGAGGACAAGAACAAGGAGAAGCUCUUGUGGCGGGGAAGCAACACGGGCAGUCUGUUCUCGACGCAGACGCCAUGGCGGGAGAGUCAUCGUGUAAGGCUGGUACAGCUGGCGACGGAGACGGAGGGUGGGAAGACCAUGCUUCCACUGCCCAAGAAGGCGAAUGGGAGGGGCAGCUUGCCGACUCUCGGAGAUGGGGUGUGGGAGAUGGAGAAGAGCGUGGGCAAUGACAAGUACCUGGACAUACACUUUACAGGGUCGGCUAUUCAAUGCGACGUCGAGGACAGGACAUGCGCCGAGCUCGGGCGGAUGUUUGACUUUAUCGAUCGGAUGACGCAUGAUGAUGCCCUGCAUUACAAAUACGUCCUGGACGUAGAUGGUAACGCCUGGUCGGCUCGAUUCCAGCGCCUCCUCGCUUCUGGCAGCUUGAUCUUUAAGACCACAAUCACUCCGGAAUGGUGGACAGACCGUAUCCAGCCCUGGGUGCACUACGUCCCCAUCAAGCUCGACUAUUCUGACCUUCACGACGCAUUCGCAUUCUUCCAAGGAGGCCUGGAUGGGCAGCACGGCGAGCCGCUGCUCGCUAAGCAAAUCGCGUCCGAGGGGAAAGAAUGGGUCGACACGUACUGGCGUGAAGAGGACAUGACGGCCUAUGUCUUUAGGCUGUACCUCGAGUGGGCGAGGUUGUUGGCGCCCAGCAAGCAGGGGGCGGACUUUGUCUAUGAUGAGAGCAUGGAGAUCAGUCGGGCGUAG